AUGGCAGCCGCAAAUGAUUCUCCUUUGGUUCUUGUAACCAGUGCAUCAGGUUUCAUUGCUACCCACAUCAUUAAGCAAUUGCAAGAAAACAGCUACAAGGUGAGAGGUGUUGUGCCAAACUUGGAAGAUGAGGAGAAAGUUAAACAUUUGCAUAAUUUAUGUCCAGAAGCAAAUGUCAAAUUGGAGUUAGUUCAGGCUGACACUUCUAAGUCUGAAGCAUGGGAUGAGCCAGUCAAAGAUGCUCAGUAUGUUAUUCAUGUGAUCAGUCCUUUUCCAAAGAACAACUCCAAAGAUGAUAAUGAACUCGUUCAACCAGCAGUGGAUGAAACUUUGGCUGUCUUAAAAGCAUGUAUAGCAGCUAAAUCAGUCAAAAGAGUUCUCAUGACCAGCUCCACUGCAGCAAUCUUGAGCCAUUCUGAUGCUGGAGGUGAUAACAAAGUGUAUAAUGAAGAUGAUUGGUCUGAUCCAACAAAACUUGAUCCCUAUGGUAAAUGCAAAACUCUGGCUGAAAAAGCAGCCUGGGAAUAUAUCAAGGAGUUAUCAGAUGAAGAAAAAAUAGAGCUUACCGUUAUCAAUCCCUCUUAUGUAAUGGGUCCAGUACUGCCAGGAACACGAUGCUUUAGUUCCGAGGUUGUAAAAGUCUUGCUGGAAAGAGAUAUUCCUGUUGUCCCGAAAUUAAACUUCUCUAUUGUGGAUGUGAGAGAUGUUGCUGCAGCUCAUGUCAAGGCCAUGACAAUGGAAGAGGCUGUAGGCAAACGUUUCAUUGUGAAUGCCAGUGAGAUGUGGAUGAAAGAUAUUGCCCAAGUAUUACUCAAAGAAUUCAAAUCACAAGGAUAUAAUGUUCCAACAAUGAACUGUCCCAACUUCGUUUUGCAACUGAGGAGUCUAUAUGACAAAACAGUGAAGAAGUUCCUACCCCAAGUAGGAAAAGUUCUUAAAUUGGAUAACACAAGGAUGAAGGAAACCCUUCAAAUUACUCCUCGUGAAAACAAAGAGACCAUCAUUGACAUGGCCUAUUCUCUGAUUGAAGGUGGCUUCAUCAAGAAGAUCUUCCUCAAAAGUGCUCCUUAG